UGCAUGAGUGAAGGUAGUGUUAAGACUUGAUUUUACCCCAACCAAAUCCAAUUUAUACAUGCACCCUCUAAUGCCAGACAAGACUAGCAGCGGUCGCUUUUUUAUUACCUACCAAAAACAGAGUCUUGGCUCUGUAUCCUGGGUCUUGGAUUGUGGCAGGUUCACAUCUAACCAGCACAUGAAUCACAGGUCCCAGUUUCUCUAGAUUUCAUUUCUUCUAAGUCUAUGCUUAUUCCAUUUCCACCUAGUGGUCUGGCCUUUAUACCUGCCAUCGCCGGGACUGAGAACCCCCGGAACCCCGUCUAACGCCUUCCCACAAUGCCAUCUUAUCAUCCCGUCUUCAGCUGGUCUUAGGCCCGCAGCAUGCCAUGCUCGUUCAAUGUCCCGAAAUAACGCCAAUCAUCCGAACUCAGACCCCGGAUGGUAACCUCAGCUCAUCAGUUGUCCUGCCUCCUUUUUCAACAACCUCUUACGGUUAUACAGAUCCGUAUUGAGCACGUUCGUGAACCCCCUAGCCCUGAGCUCCUCCUGGAUCUUACUCACCAACCAGCCAUCCCUCAACCACUGGUCCACCUCGGCGGACAUGAAGCUGGGCAAUUUCCUCGCGCGCGGAUCGCUCGUCUCGUCCGAGGGGCCGUGGUUGUGCACCUUGUGCUCCUCGUUGGGGUAGUGCAGCACCCACACGUCGCUGUCCUUGGCCGUCUCGACCACCUCAAACUUGAACAGGCAGCCGCACUUUUUGCUGCUCCGGUCCGUGGUCGGCUUGCGCCGGCCCUCGGCCUUGGCCUUGAGCAGCACCGACUCGUCCACGGGCGGCCGGUGGUGCCGCGCCUCCCCGCCCCGGAAACACACCCACCGCACCUUGCGCUUGCCCGUCACCUUGGCCCCCGCGAUCCGCAUGCUGUAUCCCCGCGGCAGCGUCCACUGGUCCAGCUCCUCCUGCAUGGUUGCCCGGGAGGAAAUGGUGUAGCCCUGCGGAGGAGGCUCCAUCGGGAUCACGGUUGCCGUGCUGCCAUUGCCGCCGCUGCCUCCCCCAAGGAGGUGUGUCUGCCCAGUGCUGGCCGUGCUGAGGACCACAGCUCCCGCACCUGCGGACUGAGCUUGGGCAUGGUGGUGCUGCAGCGCAUGGGGAUGAGCAGCGUUGUGGGGUUGGGGGUGUUGAGGGUUUUGUGGGGGGGCUGUUGGAAUAGGCCCGGUCUGGACGGGGGUCGCAAGGACGGUUGUCGAAGUGGAGGAGGAUGCGCCGGCGGACGGGGUGUUGGGAUUAAAGUUUGAGAUUUUCAGGACUCCUUCGAUGCGUGCUAGGCGACGAUCGAUGGACGCCAAGGCGUUGAGGAGAGUUGCGAGUUGGUUUUGCGGGAGACCGAGGUCCGCCAUUUGGCAACAAGCAAGCUUGAAUGAACCUUCUGCUGUGGCUGCCAGUCGCCGGGAGCGCGCACUGUGCCUGCGACAGUAGCUGAGCUCAAUGGCGAGCUCUCCUUUUGCGCGCCGUCGUUGCAGACAAGGGCGGUUUGCAGCAACUUAUCUUGCUCGCUUUUUGUCUCCGUUACAGGCAGCGAUCAAGGAUUGCGGCGCGCAGCAGACGUGGAAAGAACUCUUGCAGCCUUCAAACCUACGCGCUCUGGAUUUCCCCAGCGCGCUUUCCUGAGAGGGGGGAGCUGAACGAUGCGAUCUCGUCACGUGGUCUGCACGAAUCAAUCUCAGCCCUGCGGGAAAACAGUGUGGAUGCACCCGAU